AUGGAAUUCCUCAUACUUGGAAACAAACAUCCUCAGGCAGCAGAUCUGUGUCGCUCACAGAAAGUUCACAGUGUACAUCCGUUUCGGGAGACUUACUUGUAUAACAAUAUGAUGUAUGGACUGGCAAGUGUUGUUGCUGAAAGAAUUGGCGGGAAACGAUGGGAGGAUCUAAUUGAAGAAGAAUUGUAUACACCACUAGGAAUGUCAAGUUCUUCUUUCAUGACAAGAGUUGAUUUGACUGGUAACGUUGCGAAGGGAUAUGCAACUGAUGAUGCAACGGGAAGUCCUGUGCCAGUGAAUUUUGCUAUGAACCGACGGUGGGGACAAAUGGGUGGAUCUACCAAUAUCAUGAGUAAUGCGGUGGACAUCUCAAAGUGGAUGCUUUUCCAUUUGAAUAAGGGACGUAACCAAGCAGGACAACAAAUUUUAAGUGAGAAUGAUAUGGAGACACUCCACAAAAGGCGGAAUACUAUCACAGCUCCAACGUCAGAAAAAUAUUUCUCUAGACCACAAGUUCCAGUGUCCUCUUUAGAAGAAAACUACGCCUUGGGAUGGAAAAAUGGAGUAUACAGAGGAUACAGAGUUUUACGACACACUGGUACAACAUGGGGUUAUAGUUCCUUGGUGACACUGAUUCCGGACAUGAACAUAGGUUUUUUCACAACAAUGACUGGUGACGAUUCCGGAUAUAGAUUCCGCUAUUUACUCCACAACUAUAUCGGAGAUCUGCUGCUAGGAGAGGGGCCAUGGUUAAAUAAAACAACAGUAUGUUCCUUUCCCGAACCGUGGUAUAACCAAUCUUCUAGUGGUUAUCAUCCGAUUAACAAGAGUAUCCACCCAACAAGGUCGCUAAGUUUUUAUGUAGGCGUUUACCACAACAGUAUGUACGGCGACCUACACGUUUUCAUGAAUAUGUCAGCAAACACGUUGCAGAUGAAUUAUGGGAUAGGAUCAUGGCUUCUAUAUCCAAAAGGAACAUCUGACAAAUUUGUUGGCGAAGGGACUAAUAUUGUUCACAAAAUUAUUGAUCUUUCUUCAAUACAAUUUCAUUCUUCUAAUUUGCAUGGUAGAAGUACCAUCAAUAGCGUAAAAGUAACAAGCUUUGAGACAAGAGCGCCUCCUGUAUUCACCAAAACAAGCAGUCAAGUCAACACCGGGAAUAUUGUCGGCUGA